AUGGCAUCGGCGCAGCGGCCGAAGCCAACCUCCACGGCGCAACGAGGGUGGUCGCUCCCAUGCCCUCUCGGCUGCGUCUCCAGGCCCCGGAUGCAUGAGGGGCACACUAUCGGGUUAAUUUGUAUACAAGCAUGUGGCUUUCCCGUAGUUGAUUCUCUUCCCACUGGGGAGGAUGAACGAUACUUUAAGUCUUUUGGCACACUAAGAGGGCUCAUUUUACGCUCUCAGCUAACCGUUUUGUUAAAACACAAGAUAUUUAAUGAGAAUGCAGAGAUCUGGCAGGAUGGCAAAGUGGACAUCCACUUGUUCCGGCUCUCAUAUCCUCGCUACUACACCCUAGACCAAGUGAACCUUGACCAGGCAGAUAUGAAUUGCACUGUUGAUCUACGACCAUUUAUCAAUCCGUCCCCAUAUUCAGUCAUGGCCUGCACAGCCCUGCCAAGGGUGUUCAACCUGUUCCGAGCACUGGGUUUGAGACACCUGAUUGUGAUCAAUGACAAUAAUGAAGUGGUGGGCAUGGUGACACGCAAGGACUUGGUCAAGUACAGGGUGUGGAAACACCGAGGGCAGAUGGGCCUAGAGGAACUAGUCAUAUAUAAUAAUGUUUGAGAGGUGGGGCAAGUCUACAUGGUGUAUUCUUGUCUGGUAAGUUUGUGAAUGCUAGGUUGUGAAAGAAUUUGUUGUUGGAAGGUUAUUGAGGAAGACAUUGCUAACGAUUGCAAACAUUUGCAGUAGAUUGGUGUGUAAACAGCUAUAUUUUCUAAUUAUCUUUCUCUUCAUUAUUAUUAGAUUUUUUUAUAUCUUACUUUUUUAGAUAUUUAAAUCCCAAGUUUUUCUAUAUACCCUUUUUUUUCCUGUAGUAAUGACUAAUAACGGUGCUUAUGAAUGUUUUCAAUACCCUGAAGCAGUUGCUAAGCUGUAACUCUUCAUUGUAUCUUGAUGUACAUGUUUUAAUAUGCAUUCAUAUUUUGAAACGGUGAACCUUUUGUAAGACCCCUGGGUUAGUGUGUUGAAAGACUGAGGAGGUUGGUCAACUAUGGUAUGAUAAAUUGAAAAAAGACUUAAAACCUGAAGUAAUUAAUUAUUUAGCAUGGUAUGUUGUAGGCUUAGGUUGUGUUUAUACAGAUCUGAGUUUUUCUAAAAUUUGGUUGUAAUUUCUUUCUGAAAGGAAUUAAGCCUGUAUUUGUUGUGAUCUUGAAGAUAAAUUAUUUCAUAUCAGAGAAUUGUAACGAAUAUUAAUUGUUAUGCUGUU